AAUCACAUACACGUAAGUACUACCUACCUGUCGAGGUGGUAUUAUCAUAAAUCGCAUCGCAACGAGUGAUAGCCGGGAAGUCGAAUCACCGUCGUCGUUUGCGAGUCGUGACCGUCGACUCCGUUAGUCGCUACUACUAUAUACCAGCAGCUGCAGGCUGUACGCGCAUCGCGUCAGUAACCCAAAUAUACCAGUGUAAUACCGCUGUACCGGCUAGGUGAUAACCGUUGCCGCUGUAUACUCACGACCGUGAUAUCAUAAUAACAAUAAUAAUAAUAAUUUAAUUUUCAUAUAUUGUAGUCUAUCGGCCGCCAUGGAUAAACGCGAUUUGGCCGACGACGCGACGACGAACUCGUCGGACCGCAAACAACCGCUCAAGACCACCGUCAGCAUGCCGAUACUCGGGCAGAGGACUGCGGUGAAUAACGACGAAAGCCGGCGGGAGAGACGUCCGCUGGCGGGCAAAAUGGACGAGGCCUCUGCACUGCCCGACAGCGGAGACGACGACGAUCUUCCAAGGCCUGCCCUGACCAAGUCGACGAGCUGCUACCACGUGCAGCCGUCGUCCAACAGCAAACCGUCCUGAGCCCACGACCAAUGACCGGUGCAACUCGUCGACGUGAUAUCAUAAUAAUAAUAUAAAAUAUAUAGGCAUACAUUAUUGCGAUACGAUGUAUAAACAACGAGAGAAAAUAAUUAUAUAAUAAUAUAUAUACCUGUAAGCAA